AUGGAUCCGGAAGAGACAAUUAUAUGCGAAGAGUUCAAAACAUGGAGAAAAAAUGUUCCCUAUCUGUACGACAUGCUUUUAUCGCAUGCGCUCACCUGGCCGUCCCUUACAGUUCAGUGGUUCCCUGAUGCAGUGAGAAGCGAGGAGACAGAGAGCACCACGCAGCGCCUGCUUCUUUCCACCCAGACAUCAGGGCAGGAGGAGGACUAUUUGCAGAUACUUUCUGUGACCCUUCCAGAUACUGUUGGAGAUGCUGCUGUGCGCACGCUGGAGGAUGGAGGAUACGGCCUUGGAGAGUCCAAGGUCAAGAUCGCGCAGAAAAUACCAAUGGCAUUUGAGAUAAACAGAGCAAGGUACAUGCCAUCAAACAACAACCUGAUUGCAGUGAAGUAUGACUGCCCAGAGGUGCACGUAUAUGACUACACAAAGCAUCCGUCGUUUGGGAAGGAGGCGUCUCCUUCUAUUGUGUUCAGCGGGCACACAAAGGGCGGCUUUGGGCUGGCAUGGAACCCAGUGGUUGAGGGCGAGCUGUGCAGUGCAGGGUAUGAUGGCCUGGUGUGUGUGUAUAACCUCAGUGCAGGAGAAAAGCCAAUAAUGACAAUUGAGGAGAGCGAGGAGAUCAAUGAUAUUGCAAUUUCCUGCGAUGGAGCCAUGAUUGCACUGGCACUCGACAAGUCAGGAACUCACAUUGUGGACAAACGAACAAAGGAGAAGAAGGCGUUUGCAACAGGAGAAACUCUGAGUGUCAAGUUCUCGCUAGAGAAUCCCCUAUGGCUGGCAACUGGGUCCAAAGAGGGCCCACUUUCCAUCUGGGACAUCCGAAACGACUCUGCACCGCUUCACAGGCUUCUUGGGCAUGAUGGAGAUGUAACGCAAAUUGAGUGGUCACCGCACUACGAGACAGUGCUUGCCUCCUGCGGUGCAGAUAGAAGAGUGCGGCUCUGGGACCUAGCAAACAUAGGAAAGGAGCAGGAUGAGGAAGACAAGGAGGACGGCCCGCCAGAGCUUCUUUUCAUACACGGCGGACACACCGAUGCAGUGUGCGAUAUCUCAUGGAAUCCGCACGAGCCUUGGGAGAUUGCCAGCGUAGCAAAUGAUAACAUACUUCAAGUUUGGCAGGUAUCUUCCCUGAUAGCAGGUGAUGCUGAGGACUCAAAUGAUGCGCAAGAGUAG